CGAUAACUUUUCAACCUUAAUGAUAAAAUGAGAGAGGACUUUGUUUUCGUGGCGGAAAGCCUAAUCCUUAUUGAUCUUGUAGUCGAGAGGCAGAGUAUAUAUGUUGCCCUGCAAUCAUCAUUACUCACACCAGUUCUCGAGCAAGCUACAUUCUGCUGUUCUUUAUCGAACACAAGUGAUCCCGACCAAGCCUGUGCGAUCAUGAAGAUUUUCUUCCUUUGUCUUUUUGUUGCUGCCGUUCUUGGGCAUGGAGAAAACUUCAGAGCCAUCGAUCUUAAUUGUGAUGGCGUUGUGGUGUAUCAGGAAAUGCUGAGUGAUUUUCUUCAGAAAGACACAAACGGUGAUGGACUAGUCUCUCGUGAAGAGUUCGCUGCUAAAUCAUUCGUCGGUUCCAUCCCUUUUUUUGUCGAGUGCACCUUCAACUACUAUGACAAAAUGGAUGGCAAGAAGGACGGUAUAAUGGAAGAAAUAUCUACUAAAACUACCUACAGCAUCCUGGAUCCUGACAAUGAUGGGGAAAUCACAUAUGAGGAUUUUGCCAUAAAUGUUCCACAAAUUGAAAAUGGCAUCAAAGCAGAAAUGAUGGCCUUAUUAGAACAAGGUAGUUACUGAUGAAAACCAUACAAACAAGAGGCUACAAAAAAGAUGUGGAUGGUGUUCCUAAAGCAGUGCAGGUCUGAAAAGUUUUCAUACCCCAGUGGAAACUAUACUGGACACGAGCUUGGAAAUAAAAUAUAAAUUGCUGCAAAAUA